CACCGCGAUCUCCACCCCCACCGCCCCCACCACAUGCGACGCCCCUCCUCUCCACGAAGUCUGCCCCUUCUAUUCCUCUCCUUCCCUCGCCCCCUCUCUUCAGUGUGUCUGGAACGUUAUGAGCGAGGCGGGGCACCCGGGCGGGGCGUCUGGAGGCACCAGUCUGCUGCCGGACAAGCUGUGCCGCAGGGGGCUGACGGUCGCCGCGACGCACCCGAGAAGGCAGUGGUGCGGGUGCCAGAGGGGUGGGUCAGCCCACCUGUGUGAGUCUCCGGUGGUGCACAGCGUGGGCGAGGCUGAGUGUCUGGCGCACUGCUGCUCCCUCGGCAACCUCACCAUCAACCACACAGGCGGCGAACGUAUUGACGCUGAACUACAAAAAGCCUUUAGAAACAUCGUGGAGAUCCGUGGAUACCUCAAGAUCCAGAAUUCGAACAUCACCUCCACCAAAAUUCUUCCCAACCUUCGAAGUAUUGGCUGCAGGCACAAAGAUAACCAAAAUUUCUCGCUGGUGGUGUUGGACAACCCGCUGCUGCAGGAUCUCGAUCCCUGGACGGACAGCCUCACCGUGGAAGGUGACGUGUUUUUCCAGAAGAACCCGCGACUGUGCAUGCGCCACAUUCGCCGCCUGACACAAAAGUUGAACCUCUCCGAAGCAUUUGUCUCCCCGACCAACGGACAAGAGAUGCUGUGUCAGCAGGAGACUCUAAAGGUGACUGUCCGAUCCUGGCAACUGUACGGGCAGCUCGCGGUGUUCCUGAAUCCUUCACGCACCGACCUGGAACCCAACGCCACCUACUUCGUCAGUUACAGGGAGGCGCCAGUCAACAUCAACGUCACCUUCACCCGCGACUCAUGUCAUGACGACCGCUUGUGGACGGUGGUAGAGGUGACACUGCCUGAGGUGCUGCAGGAGGAGCCGCUGGUGCUAUUGAAAGGCCUGUCCCCUGCCACGCGCUACGCUCUCUACGUCAGCACCAUCAGCACCCGGUCUGCUAUCGUCACGGCCACCACCAGUCUCUUCAACCUGAGCCAACCCACGGAGGUGUCGUGGAAGUCCCUCGGCAACAGUUCCCUUCAGGUGUGGUGGCACCCGCCGCCACUGCCGCCGGACGUGGCGAUACACCACUACCUAGUGACGGUGCUGCUCCGUCCCACGCCCCCCCCACACUCUUUCUGGGACCCGGACCGCGCCCCCACGAGCUUCAGCCGCUCCUCUGAGGGACGAAUGUGGAACACCACUCGCAGCGGAGGCGACACGAAGGAGGCGUGUUCAGCCCCCCCGGAGCCACGCUUUAGCUGCUGCAGUUGCAGGCCACCCGCCCAGAAGACAGCCCCUCCCACCCCCACCACCCACAAACCCUUCGAGGAGGAGCUCUUUCACAGCAUCAGCUUCAUCAACGUGGUGCAAGAGGAGGCUGCCCUCCCUUUGCUGCACCACGACUCACUGCUCCUUGGCGACGAUAUCAGUGUAGAGGAUCUGCAGGUGUAUAGUUCAAUCCUGGGGCAGUGGCAGCCGUGGGGAGUCGGGGACCCCCAGCUGGUGCCGGUUGAAGUAAACUGUGUUUCCAACAAGAACACCAUUGACAGUUGCCAGCAUGGCGAAGGAGUAAGAGCAGACGAGAAGGUCCCAGGCCGCUACCUGCAGGCCAGUCUCCCCGCCCCCAGCGAAGACUCACGCCUCGUGCAGCACUACGAGACGAACAUCACCACCCUCACCCUUCACCGCCUGCGCCACUUCUCCCUCUACACCGUGGCCGUCACAGCAUGUCUUCAGCCGCGUCGUUGCAUCAGAACAACGCCAGUUCUCCGCUCUACCACCUCCGCCGCCGCCUCCACACCUGCGUCUUGGGAGCCUGUUUUCUGCAAGCUGUGCUCGACCGUUCCAGCCUUGCUCUCCGCUUUCACCGACCCCAGCCCCUUGGCGGACAUCGUGCCUGAAAACUCAAUGCAGGCCCUUGUCAGCAACGCCUCCUCCUCCGUCACCGUGUCUUGGCUCUCCCCGGCCUCCUUCAACGGCAGGGUUGUGUACUACGUCCUACAGUGCAAAGCCUGGCAGGGUGAAUCCCUGGAGCGGCUCGUGAGUCCUGCCGAGCACCACAAGCCAGGCCAGCGCCAGAGUGUGGUCCUCAGCACCCUGGAGCCCGGGAACUACACGUGCACGGUGGCUGCCACGUCCCUGCUGGGCCGCACAGACUCCAACGCAACCGUGUCUUUCCUCCUCAUGAGCAGCCAUGCCCCUGCGUACAGCAGCCGGGGGGAGUGGUGGGCCUCGCUGGGGGGGGCCGCGGCGCUGGCUGUGGUGGGCGCGGCGCUCCUGUGGUGGUGGCGUCGAUGGAAAAGCACCAUGUUUGUGGACGGCAUCAACUGGAAUUACAAAGAUGGGCUGGAUCUCUCCAAGUUCUGCAGGGAGGAGUUCAUUAUAGGUUGCGACAAGCUGACCAUCCUUGACGAGCAGCCGCUGGGGUAUGGCCACUUCGGAAUCGUGCGGCGGGGUGACCUGCGGACCGAGGGUGGCGUGAGGAGGGUCGCCGUCAAGACGCACAGCAGAGACGAUGACUCGAACAAAGAGAUCAGUCGGUUCCUGAAAGAGGCUGAGAUCUUGCAGGACAUCCGCUGCCACCACGUCGUGCAGCUGGUGGGCGUGGUCUCGGACUCCGACUCCCUCUACGUUGUGAUGGAGUUGAUGGAGGAGAGGGACCUCAAGGAUUACCUGAUACGAAAUAGAGACCGCGUCACAGAAAAGAGCCUGCUGGAGAUGGCGGUGCAGGCGGCUGACGGCAUGGCGUACCUGGCGUGGCGGGGGGUGGUGCACCGCGACUUGGCGGCCAGAAACUGUCUUCUGGACAGGAGCCUCACGCUCAAGAUCGGGGACUUCGGUCUCGCUAAGACCCUGAAAUCCAGUUAUUACAAAAUACAAGACUGCAAUGACAAUCUGCCAGUGCGGAUGGCCCCCGAGAGUCGGCAGAAUGGUAGAUUCAGCAGCCGCAGUGACGUGUGGUCCUACGGUGUCCUUCUGUUGGAGAUGGUGAUGCGCGGCGACUCCCCCGACUACGUGAGGAAGGGAAGAUAAAUAAACUGUGAUCGCAAGACAACUUAAACGUGAUAUUCAUAAAAGAAAAAAUACUGUCACACUAUCCCAAGACACUAUCCCGAGAAAAUCCCGAGUCACAACGCAUGUAUUAGCUGUUCGU